UAAAAGAAUUGUGUAGGAAACCAAAAGAACCAACACAUCAAGCAGUUUGAUUGGACCUUCUAUUAGUGACAAUUAAAACAAAAAAUCGUUUUUUGAUUCUUACAUCAAAGAAUCGAUUCUGUGGAAAAUCGUAUACUGAAGAAUCGAUUCAAAUGAUCGAUCUUUUAACCAAAAGAAUCAAUUCCUACUUAGAAAGUUAGAAAUGUAUGCGGCAGACUCCGAAGUGUUUCGUCUCUUUAAAGAUCCUCUGUAGUGAAGAGCAGUGAAGAGCUCUUGAGUACGAAUGGAAUCAAUAAAUAUUAAAUUCUAGUUUGUACCGGGCCAUCUACACACGAUAGAGUAUUGUUGGCUACUAUUGCAGUGUAAUUCAGGAUAUUGUUUUAAACAAUAAAUAAGUCUGGCUUCGUCUAUACAUCUGCACGUGCACGAAUGAGUUGUAUGAAAAAAGCAAUUAAUCGCAAAAUGACAGAAGAAGCUGCUUCAACAAAGACUGAUGUGGAAUCUGCUAUGGAUGGAACCAGUGACGAUGACAGUGGAGAUGACUGGGAUGAAGUCAAUGAAAUUUUUGAGACCAUACCAUGUCUUUUUUGUAAUGAGGGUACAAGUAACUUCACAGAGGCAUUGGAACACCUCAUGAAAUCACAUAAAUUUGAUUUGAAAAAUUUUGUAACCAGACAUUCUCUGGAUACUUAUUCAUAUAUCAAACUGAUUAAUUUUAUCAGGCAAAAGAAUGUUUCUCCUGAUCAAUUGAAUGCAUUGAAUAUUAAAACAUGGGAAAAUGACAAAUAUUUAAUGCCUAUUAUUGAGUAUGAUCCUUGGUUGAUGUUUGACAUUGACGACUUGGAAGAGAAAACAACAAAACCUAUUGCAUAUACAGUAAACUCAGAGAAUGGUUGUGUUACAUUGUCAGAAGCUCAUUUUGCUGAAUUGCAGAGAACAAUACAGGUAUUGCGUGCAGAGUUGGAGCAACGUGAAAUGGCAUGUUACUUGACUAAACAGCAAAUCGAUGAGAUGACAGAACAAGUACAGAAACUGAUUAUGGAUGAUGAUUUUGAUAAAAACAAUAGUAGCAAUAGUAUUAGGUCUCAUAGUAAUUUUAGUUGCCGCCUCGAUGAAAAUUAUUUCAAUGCAUAUAGUCACUUUGCAAUACAUCAUAAGAUGUUAACGGACAAAAUAAGAACAGAAAGUUAUCGUGAUGCAUUGUUAACGAAUACACACAGAUUUAGUAAUUCCGUCAUACUAGAUGUUGGCUGUGGGACUGGCAUUUUAUCUAUGUUUGCAGCCAAAACUGGGUGCCGUAAAGUCAUUAGCGUUGAUCAGUCAGAUAUAAUAUAUCAAGCCAUAGACAUAGUAAGAGAAAACAAUUUAAGUGAUAUUAUCACUUUAAAAAAAGGUCGUCUUGAGGACAUUAACCUCGAAAAUGAAAAAGUAGAUGUUAUCGUGUCCGAGUGGAUGGGCUAUUUCCUAUUUUUCGAAUGUAUGUUAGACACAGUGAUAUAUGCCAGGGAUCAUUAUUUAGCACCUGGUGGGCUACUCCUGCCUAAUAGAUGUACACUUAGUGUCGUGGGAAGUGGAGACACUAAGAGAUAUGUCGAACUUAUCGACUAUUGGUCGAAUGUAUAUGGCUUUAAAAUGAGCUGCAUGAAAACUGAAGUGAUCCGCGAACCAAACAUAGAGGUCUGCGCUGUCGACGAAUUAAUAACGAACACCGUUGAAAUUCAGAAAUUUGAUUUGUACGAAGUGACGAUGGAGUACAUGAAUUUCUCGACAUCGUUCGAGUUGAAAGUGAAAAAGACUGGAUCGUUGACCGCAAUUGUUGGCUUUUUUGAUAUCUUUUUCGACUUGGACAAUCCAAUUCAUUUCAGUACAGGACCUUACUCGCCUCCGACUCACUGGAAACAAACAGUAUUCUCAUUGAAGGAACCAAUUAGCAUCACCGAAGGUGAUGUCCUACACUGUAGAGUAAACUGUCGCAGACAUACGAAAGAUCUUCGAGGACUUGUGAUUAUGAUCGAAGUCGAGAACAUGUCUCAAGUUUAUAACUUACAGUAAAAAACCUAGGGUCCAGAACAAUUUAUCGAUUAUGACAUUGUUGAUGACUAUCUUGCUUCUAUGACUUUCCGACCACAACAAAUAAACUAUUUAGGGUCCUCUUAACAGGUAAUCGAUUCGUCCGAAAUAAACUUUAAAAAUAUUUCUGCCAACGUUCUUGCAUGUGCUAUUGUAGAAUAAGUAUCCAGUUAUUGACUCUCAACGACUUCUUAGAGUUAAUUAACACGAUACGUAUUCAAACUAAUAGUCCAUCUUCCAUAGUCUGUAAUACUAAUAAACGAAAGCAGAAAUUCAGAUAUUUUUUCUCUUUAAUCAUUCGAGAUUCUAGAGAUAAAAUAAACGACGUAAUAUAGUCCCUUUUAAAGUUGACCCGACGUCUCAAUUUGGUCAGGGCUCGAUUUAAAAGAUGUUCAAUGCUUCCAGAAUUAAGGUAUACAAUAAAACUUCGUGAUAUAAAAAAGAAUAGGAAUUUAUUUGAUUGUAAGUCACGAGAAUUAUUGCCUUUCUUGAUUAUAUGUAUACUUUUACAUACGUAAACGAUCUAUUAAGCUUAAAAUUAAAUAAAACUGUAAAAAUCUUAAA